GCUAAGGAAAGAAGGUUAAUAACUACCCCGAGCGCUCGGAGAUCAUCUUACCUGGUGUGAUCGUGCUCGAUUCUGCUCCAGGAUGCGACUUUAUGGAAUAAUUUGUUCACUUUUACUGGUUUUUGGAAGCAUCCUAGCACAGGUGACCCCCAAAAGCACUUUUUACCUGCUUGCUGUGACAUCCCAGACUGUAGGGGGAACAACUGAGACACUAUGUGUUACAGUCAAGCCCUUUGGACCUGUUUCAAUGGAGGUGACCCUGGAGUAUAACCAAAAGAGUGUCCCAAUUCUAAAGGAAACCUUCAUAAGAAAAGAAUACCAUCGAUGUGCCCGAUUCCAGGUUCCUGUCGUACACACACAAUCCAUAGCAUCUAUCAGUAUUCAGAUUAAAGGGAUCAAAACCCUCCUGAACGAGGCAAAAACGAUCCUCAUCACACCUCCAACACAACUGACCCUCAUUCAGACGGACAAACCCAUCUAUAAACCAGGACAAACAGUGAAGUUCCGCAUCGUCUCCCUGGACACCAAUUUCCUCACCUACAAUCAGAGGUUUCCGACAAUAGAAGUGCAGGAUCCGAACUCAAACCGUAUCGGUCAGUGGCUGGAUGUCGCCACCUCCAGCGGUCUGGUGGAUUUGUCGUAUCCCUUAAACUCUGAGGCCACUAAAGGAGUUUAUGUCAUCACCGUCUGGGACGAGAAGAACAUAGCCGUCACUCAAUCCUUUGAAGUCAAAGACUACGUUUUGCCUACAUUUGAGGUAACGGUCCAGCUUCCUUCAGUCAUUAGCAUCUUGGACACGUACGCCGUACUGAAAGUUUGUGCAAAAUACACAUAUGGGAAGCCGGUGAGUGGGACGGUGAAGGCCACCGUCUGCCAUAACAGUUACAAAUACUGGUGGCUCCCGUAUGGUAUCCCAGUAGUACCCGACAUCUGUAAGACAUAUAAACUGAAGACUGACAAGAUGGGCUGUGGAACACGCGUCUUAAACCUGAAAGAAUUCGCAUUGAACGAUUCACGCUAUGAAGGUUUAAUGACUGCUCAGUGUGAAGUGGAAGAACAAGGAACUGGUGUGAUAAUGACAGCAGAAUUGAGCAGCUCUCCUAUCACGACUCAUAUGGUCACGCUUUCAUUUGAGGAUACGCCAACGAUCUUUAAGCUUGGAAUGGCAUUUGAGGGAAAGGUAAAAGUGACCGGCCCAAAGUCCAGUCCUUUAAGAAGGAAAGUAGUGUAUUUGACAAUAAGGUAUGCUAAUAAAAAUUCAAUCAAGAAGCUGGUUACCAAUAAUGAAGGGAUCGCUCAUUUUUCCCUGGACACUGAACAGUGGGGUCCAGAUCCAGUCACUGUAGAGGCCCAGUAUGAAAUGACUAAAAGACCAGUUGUGUAUAUUGAAAAUCAGCUCACACCGUACUACCCCACAGCCUACCUCUGGCUUCAGCCUUUCUACUCCAAAAGUCAGAGUUAUAUUAAAUUGAAGAGCAGCUCGGUGCCUUUCAGCUGCAACAAAAACGGCAUCAUCAGGGCUCAUUACCUGAUACACCAAAACAUUCUCCCAUUGCAGAAGCAAUCCUUAACCUUCUUCUACAUGGUGAUGAAUAAAGGACAAUUGGUUCAACAAGGAAGUUUUCAACACCGCAUGUACCAUGGAGAAGUGCACAAAGGCGAGCUGGUGGUGACGCUGCAGAAGAUGCUAAAGGUGUCUCCGGUUGCUCAGGUCGUUCUGUACACCAUCCUUUCCAGUGGUGAGGCUGUAGCAGACAGCAUGAACUACCCCAUUCAGCUGUGUUUGGCAAACAAGGUGUCUCUCAACUUUUCACCUUCUACGGAGCUUCCUGGUGACCAGGCAUCACUGAUGCUGAAAGCUGCUCCAGGGUCCCUGUGUUCAGUAAAGGCGAUAGAUCAGAGUCUUCUGCUGCUGCAACCAGAGAAGGAGCUCAGCAUCCAAUCUGUGUUCAACAUGCUGCCUGUACAAACAUUAUCAGGAUAUCAGUACAUGGUCAAUGAAGAUGAUUGGAAGCCAUGCUGGAGAAAACCAAUCUGGGACAUCAUAGUUCCACGAAUACCAAGACCGAUUGCUUAUUUUCCAAACUUUGGAAAGGUGGAUGUCUAUAACACCUUCAAAGAUAUUGGACUCAAGAUCCUGACUAAUACAAAAAUAAAGAAACCUUCAGAAUGUUUUAAUGAAAUGACUUUUACGUCUGCCCCAUUCACAGUACCUGCAAGCAUGGAAGCACUCAUUCCAGCCGCAGAACCCAUUGCAGGUGUUGCUCUCAAUCAAGGCUCAAGCAACCAACCGGUCGUUACGAUCCGCAAAUAUUUCCCAGAGACGUGGAUUUGGGAUCUCGUUCCAGUCAGUCAGUCUGGAGUGACAGCCAUUAAUAAAACGGUCCCAGACUCCAUCACUACAUGGCAGGCUGAUGCAUUUUGUACAUCACCUGUGGGGUUUGGAGUCGCCCCGAAAACUGAGCUUAUUGCCUUCCAGCCUUUCUUUGUGAGCCUCACCAUGCCCAGCUCUGUCAUCCGAGGAGAAGUGUUCACACUCAAAGCCACCGUCUUCAACUACCUCCAAAGCUGUAUGGUGGUGAAGGUGACUUUAGCCAGGUCGAAGCAGUUUAAAGCACAACAGUGCAUCGACUGCAGUUAUACAAAAUGUCUGUGUGCUGAUGAGAGCUGGACCUUCUCCUGGACCAUCACACCACAUGUUCUGGGUGAGAUAAGAUUCAAUGUGACAGCGGAGGCCGAGCAGUCGAUGAAACUGUGUGGGAACAAAGCAGUUAUUGUCCCAGAGAAAGGACGCAUCGAUACUGUCAUUAAAACACUGCUAGUGCUGGCUGAAGGAACCAUACAGUAUAAAAGCUUCAAUGAACUUCUCUGUCCAUCAGACAAUGUUAUAGAGAAGACAGUCUCAGUAACCCUGCCUGAGGUAUUCGUGGAAGGUUCGGAGAUAGCCUCAGUUUCUGUGAUCGGAGAUCUGAUGGGCCGAGCUCUACAGAACCUGGCGAGUCUCCUGAGGAUGCCGUACGGCUGCGGAGAGCAGAACAUGCUGCUCUUCGCUCCCAACAUCUUCAUCCUGCAGUACCUGGAGAGCACCAACCAACUCACUCCUGAGAUCAUGAGCACAGCUCAGACCUACCUCAUCGGCGGAUACCAGAGAGAGCUGACCUACAAACACACUGAUGGAUCUUACAGCGCUUUUGGGAUGAGCGACGCAUCAGGAAACACAUGGCUGACGGCGUUCGUGAUGAAGUCUUUCGGAAAUGCGAAGAGGUACAUCUUCAUAGAUCAGGUGUUUGUGGACCAGGCGAAGUCCUGGCUCGGUCAACAGCAGCAGGCUAACGGAUGCUUUGCCUCAGUGGGACAACUCUUCCAUCUGGACAUGAAGGGAGGAGUGAAUGAUGACGUGACCCUCUCGGCGUACAUCACGGCCGCGAUGCUGGAACUCAAUUACACAGUAACAGAUCCUGUGGUGAAUAACGGUCUUACAUGCCUGAGGAACGCGUACACUGAGGUGAACUCCACCUACGCCAAGGCUCUCCUCUUCUACACCUUCACCCUGGCUGGAGAUCAGGGGAUGAGGAACACACUCAUCUCAGACCUGGAUGCAGAAGCCGUAGUCUCAGGUGGUGGACGUCACUGGAGCAGAGUGAUUGAUGGGUCAUUGACGGACUCUUUGGAAGUAGAGAUGACCUCGUAUGUGCUUCUGGCUCUGAUGUGUGGACCUGAGCUGCCCGGGUUUGGUCUGGGUUACAGCAUCAGUAUCGUCCACUGGCUUUCACAGCAGCAGAACUCCUUCGGAGGCUUCGCAUCUACACAGGACACUGUCGUGGCUCUUCAGGCUCUGGCAAAAUACAGCUACGUCACCUACAGUCCAGAAGGAUCUGUAAAUAUUACUAUAACAUCACCAUCAGGGCUUAUUAACACGUUCACCAUCAAUCAGAGUAACAGACUGCUGUAUCAGGAGAGUGAGCUGCAGGAGGUUCCUGGUGAUUAUAACGUUAAAGCAGAAGGGAAAGGCUGUGUGUACGUGCAGUUUAAUUUGCGCUACAACAUCCCUCCUCCUCCUGAUGACUCGACAUUCAGCAUCUCGGCUUCAGCGAAAGGAAACUGCAAAGUCCCAACUACAUCUCUGAAUGUGACUAUUAAUGUCAUGUAUAAUGGUCAACGUUUGGAGACCAACAUGGUGGUCAUCAAAGUCAAGCCUCUUUCUGGAUUCAGUGCGGACGCGACGUCGGUGCAGCUUGUGAACGGCAAUUCAAACUCGACUGGCGGUGCCGUGAAACGUGUGGAUCAAACUGAGGGCAACUUAAUCAUCUACCUGAAUGGAUUGCUAUAUGGACAGGAGAAGGUCUACACCCUGACGAUCGUGCAGGACGUUUCAGUGAUGAACCUGAAACCAGCUGUUGUGAACGUUUAUGACUAUUACGAGACCGGUGAGAGAGCUGCAACUGAGUACACGUCUCCAUGUGCAGUUCAGUGAGAGUUUGUUCAUGAUCUACACAAGAUUCCAGCUUGAGCUUCUUCACAUUUUAGUUAUCAUCAUAUCGAAAACUUUCUGUUUCUCAAAAGCUCAAUAACUAAUUAAUAGUGUGUUGAUUUUUUUGUCUCUUCUCAUCAUUAUGCUAAACUUUAAUAAUCAAGAUUUAUAGAUUUAUAAGAGAGAGCGUAUGAGUUUAUAUGAAAAACCUUAAUAAUCAACAUGAGCCAGAUCAGUAUAAUAAUAAUCACAUGGAGUAAAUGUGCUAAUAAACUCGACUCGAUUCAUUCGACUUUUCAGAUCAAAUAGCAAUCUGUAAUUCUUGUGUAUUGUUUGUAAAUUCAUUUUUAGACGCUGUGUAUCUUCUACAGAUUAUUUUACAACUGAAAACUUUAUUCCUCUCAUUUUUCUCUGAUCUAAAUUUGAAUUAUGCCUUAAAUAAAAAAGAUCAAAAAAGAAAAAUAUAUUUCUUUAAUAUAUGCCAAUAAAUUUUUCAUCUGCACUUAUCA